AUGCAGGUGUGUGUGGACGCCGGUGUGCUCUCGCCGGAGCUCUUGCUGUCGGUGCGCGUGGGCCACCUCCGGCGCCAGGCGACCCUGGCCGCACUACAGCAGCGUCCGCUCAGGUUUCCUGAGCACCUAAAUGCAGGGACGACCGUCAAGCUGGAUUUGCUACAGCAGGUGGGCAGCGACGUGGUGGUGUGCUCCACUGAGGGAACUUACCGCGCCGACUUCGAAGCAGGUCGGCUUGUGCUCACUGUGAGCCCGGCCAGCCGCUCGGAGAGCUCGGAGAGCACGGAAAGCGGCGAGCACGACCCGGGCGCGGAGACUUGGAAGCCCGAGAUCGGAGCGAGGCAAGAUGCAGCGGCUGCAGCGGCCAGUGCCAAAGAGUACCUGGAAAGGCAUGCCCUGCUCUCCUAUCUGCAGGGCCUCCUGGAGGCAGUCUGCAAGGAUCGCUCCCCGCCAGUCCAAGAAGCACUUGAGCUGCGCAACAAGAUUGGCAGAGCAAGCGCAUCUGCCAUCUGCUGUUUUGAAUCCGCAUCCGUGGUUCUCUGGGAGCUUCCGCAACGCCUGCAGCUCUCCGCACGCCAGAAGUCGCCCCAGCCGGCGCGUCUUCUCUUGCUUGGCGAGAUCAGUCUGCUGUCGCUUCGACUGUGGUAUCUCAAAGCUGCUGCUCUCAUAGAGCUUGCGACAAGCGCUGGCCUGCUCUUCCCACACGAUUCUCCCUCAUACGCUCCCAUCAAUGGGCCGUCCCGGAUGUGCAAUGUGGACUUGAACCUAGAGGGGCGGAGCUCGACAGUGACGUAG